AUGAUCAAUAAUUUAACAUCAGUUAAAUCGGAUAGCUUUUUUAGAAAUUUAUCCGACAUCAGUGAAAUAGGUUGUACAAUUCGUGACUAUGUUGGAAAGCUUGUCGUCUACGAUGAUAAAUAUGAACAUGAAGACGAAGACAAAGACAAACAUGAAGAUGAAGGUGAAGAUGAAUUACCAUCGAAUGUACAUUAUAGAUCAUCGUCUCAUCAAUCCAAUUUUCAUCAUACAUUAUCACCGAAUCCAAUAAAUUGUCAUGCUGUAUCACCAAUAUAUCCGAUGAUGUAUUAUAAUCCAUUAUCAUCAAUUCAACAAAACUAUGGUGCUAGCUGCUUGUCUUAUCCAACAAUGUAUUAUAAUCCACCAUCAAAUCAAGCAAAUUUUAAUGCUAUAUCGUCAUUUUGUCCACCGAUGUAUUACAAUUCAUUAUAUUCAAAUCAAGCUAACUUAGCGUUUCAUGGUUACAUGGAUAUAUCAUUAUUAUGUCCAACAACAUUUUCCAAUCCAUCAUCAUCACAUCAAGUAAAUUCUGGUGCUGCAUCAUUAUUAUGUCCAAUAACGUUUCAUAAUCAAUCAUCAAAUCACAUAAAUUCUAAUGCUACAUCUCAAUUACGUCCACCAAUACUUUCUAAUUCAUCAUCAUUAAAUAUGGCAAAUGCAAAUUAUUAG